GUAAACAAAUUAAGCUUGUGUAGCAGAACUAUAUAAGAUUGUGUAUUGUGUCAACUCUUUCACGCGCAUACUGUUAACCGCACAUAGCAAGGGUGUGGACUUAAUUCAGCCGGCAUCUGCUCUUGUCACCUUGCACGAAGGUCAUUGAAAGUUUCGUCGGAGCCAAUAUACGCCACCCGUUGCGUUGCAAAACUACAUACGAUUAAACGAUUUACAUACAUAUGUACAUGCCUGUGACGUUCGCCGCAUAUGCCGGCAAUUCCAACGUGUAUGUAUUAUGUCAUAGCCAUGCAAUCCAAUGAAACCGAUUUGUAACGAACUGAGUAAUCCUGCAGCCGCCUCUGUCUUUGCCACUGUGCCAUAUAGACUCAAUUUUAAAAUCCACACACGUAAUUAGCAGGUAGAAAGAAGCGUAUUCGUUUUCGCAAAAUACAUAGCUGGUGACGGCAACGGAUACGAACAGUUUUGCCUUUUGCAAUUGCGACUGCGACAACAACCAACAACAAAAAGAAUAGGAAAUAAAAGCUUUGCACGAAAUAAAAAAAAAAAAACAAAUUGUGUUAAAAUGUUGCUGUGGUCGUGCUCCACGAAAGUAGCAACGACUGCUCGCACCAUCGCGCUUUUCGCUCAACACUCGCUGUCAGUUGCUCCACAAUCGCCGUUGGUGAAUUUUGGUGCCAGAGUUCCGUCUCCGUUUGGAUUACAUUUCUUGUUAAUUAAACGCUUUAAAUCAGAUAUGCCUAUCAAGUCAAUUUUCGCCCGUCAAAUCUUCGACUCACGUGGUAACCCCACCGUCGAGGUUGAUUUGACCACUGAGUUGGGUCUAUUCCGUGCCGCUGUACCCUCCGGUGCAUCCACUGGCGUGCAUGAGGCACUCGAAUUGCGCGAUAACGACAAGAACAACUACCAUGGCAAGGCUGUGACCAAAGCUGUUGAUCAUGUAAACAAGACUCUGGGGCCUGAAUUGUUGAAGGCUAACCUUGAGGUUACCGAUCAGGAAGGCAUCGACAAUUUCAUGUUGAAAUUGGACGGUACUGAAAAUAAGUCGAAAUUCGGUGCCAAUGCCAUUUUGGGUAUCUCAUUGGCUGUCUGCAAGGCUGGUGCCGCCAAGAAGGGUGUACCACUGUACCAGCACAUUGCUGACUUGGCUGGUAACAAGGACAUCAUUCUGCCGGUGCCUGCAUUCAACGUAAUCAACGGUGGCAGUCAUGCUGGCAACAAAUUGGCCAUGCAGGAAUUCAUGAUCUUGCCAACUGGCGCUACCAGCUUCACUGAAGCCAUGAAAAUCGGCUCUGAAGUGUAUCACCACUUAAAGAAGGUCAUCAAGGACAAAUUUGGUUUAGAUGCCACCGCUGUGGGUGAUGAGGGUGGUUUCGCACCCAACAUUCAGUCGAACAAGGAAGCCUUGGUGUUGAUCCAGGAUGCCAUAGCAAAGGGUGGCUACACCGGCAAGGUCGAAAUCGGCAUGGAUGUUGCCGCUUCUGAAUUCCACAAAGACGGUCUGUACGAUUUGGACUUCAAGAACCCCAACAGCGACAAAUCACAAUGGCUGUCGCCCGAAAAGCUCACCAACUUGUAUCAGGAAUUCAUCAAGGAGUUCCCCAUCUCUUCCAUUGAGGAUCCCUUCGAUCAGGAUCAUUGGGAUGCCUGGUCCACCAUUACUGCCAACACUCAAAUCCAAAUUGUCGGUGAUGAUUUGACCGUGACCAACCCCAAGCGUAUCCAGACUGCCGUCGAAAAGAAGGCUUGCAACUGCUUGUUGUUGAAGGUCAACCAAAUCGGUACCGUAACCGAAUCAAUCAAGGCCCAUUUGUUGGCCAAGAGCAACGGCUGGGGUACCAUGGUGUCGCAUCGUUCCGGUGAGACUGAAGAUACUUUCAUUGCCGAUCUCGUUGUUGGUUUGUCAACUGGACAAAUUAAGACUGGUGCUCCAUGCCGUUCCGAACGUUUGGCCAAAUACAAUCAAAUUCUUCGCAUCGAAGAAGAGUUGGGCGCCAAGGCGAAGUUUGCUGGCAAAAGCUUCAGAAAGCCACAAUAAAUGUGUACUUUAAAUAGUGGCGAGAAAUGAAUAAUGAUUCCAACGUGCAAGUAGAGAGGACACACUAGUAUGGAAGUGGCCAAUUAAGUUGAGCUUAAUCAAUAGAAUACAAUACACGAAAAACCUAGUAUAUACCGUUGUAAAUGUAUAUCACCCACCUACCUACUAUUUAUCAAUAACAAAUGUUAAUUAAAUUUUGUGCACUGCAAUUAUUUUGGUUCUCUUAUUCUACUUUAAAUACACAUACAUACAUAUAAAAUACAA